UCUAGUGCGAACAUGCGAAUUCUUCCGAUGAUAUCGAUAAAAAAACAAUCAAUCCAUACUCGAUAUUGCAAUCGAUUGUUUGUCAGCUCUAACCCUGAUACUUUUUUGACGCCAUCGAAUGUCAAUAUAAAAUUUCGGAUAUUUAAGAUUAAUUGUUUAUUGCGGACAGCCAGUGGGCCUUUUUCAAAUAAGCAAUUAUCAGAAAAGAUGGAACAGCAUCAAAAUGAGCAACAACAUCAAGUCCGAACAACAGGUCGUAUAAAGAAACCAAAAGCGGUGUUUGAUCCAUCGGACAAUUAUUUGCCCAGAGCACAGCGCUUGUCAAUAGCCACACCUCCUGUUGCAUCAGGUGGUACUGUAAGCGGCAGUAAUCAACUGCAAGAUCGUCGUGGGGCACAUAGUCGAAUAUCGACAGCAUCGUCCUCCGAUGGUACUACUGCGUCCGCUGUGUCAGUAUCGAAAGAAGUCUGUGUUGGAUGCGGCAAGAGGGAAUCAAAGCGUCCUGCGUUCGCAUUCAAAAAUCCACUAAUCUCGUGUGUAGAAUGCGAAAACAAAAUUCAUAAACUUUGCCUAAAAGUUGAUUAUGACGAUUUUGACGCAGUGCGCCCGAACUACAAGUGUGAAAAGUGCUCACCAUGUUCAGUUUGCAAUGAGCGAGGUAAUGAUGAUAACAGUGUGAGAGUCGCUGUAAUAUGUUCCACGUGUACAAAAUUAUUUCACAACGAUUGCUUGCAAUCGGGAGCCUUGAAGGCUGGAGAAGAUCAGCCGCGCGAUUGGAAUUGUGCGAAAUGUACAUUGGAUAGAAAAGAAACAAAAGAUACCGAUGAUUUGCCAGUUAAAAAGAUCCGCGAAAUUAUUGGUGGUGCUCAGGUGCAGGCCGUACACGCCAAUAAUAAAACAAAUCAUGCGGCGUCAACAUUAGAAUCGAACCUAAAACGUCCACACAGUGCAGAGAUUCAAAAAAAGGUUGACGGUUGUUCUCUUGAUGAUGAAGACGGUUCGGCAAAGGAGAAACGCAGUAAAAUUGUCAAUUCCAUCGAAACUACCGUAGAAGGUAGCGUAGAUUCGCAAUCAGUGAAAUCACAUUCACCGUUUUUGGAAAACGCUCGAAACAGCCCCAAUAACGCAUCUUGUGAUGACAUUCCGGAUGUUCAGUUGGUGAAAAAUUGGUCAGUGGACGACGUGUAUGAGUACUUCUGUAAACAAUUUCCCAAAGAAGCUUAUAUAUUUAAAGAUGAGGAGAUCGAUGGGCGCUCUCUUCUACUACUGAAGCGGAGUGAUGUUGUAAAGAAGUUACCGCUCAAGUUGGGACCAUCUCUGCGUAUCUAUAGUGCUAUUUUGAAAAUUCAAGCUCAAUCAAACGAUAACACCUUGGGCUGGAACUGCACACUUUGAUCACGCCUAAAUUUCGAUCAAUCACCAUUUUUUUCAUUCACUUUAUUUUACAUUUAUUUAAAUGUAUUUUUCAUAUAAUUUUCAUUUGUCGACUUAUUUUAUUUCUAUCCAAAAUUAUUUUAAAAUUGAAUUCCCAAUAAAAAUAUCAAUGUACAACAGGUUGUGUACAAAAUUUUAAAAUCAUUACAUAA